AUGAUGGCAGGAAUAAACAUACAAGCAAGUGAUCAUGCUAACCGAUUUAUCGCUGAGACAGCGCUUAUUCCAUCUUGCCAUCCAUUUACUCCUGGAUCACCCAAUCUACCCAAGUUUGGUACACUUAUCCCAAAUCGUAUAUUUGUUGGCGGAAUACCAUCAAAUACAACUGAACAGGAAUUGAAGUCCUUCUUUUCAAGUUUUGGUCAAGUAAAAGAUGUUAAAAUUAUAAAUGAUCGAUUUGGUAUAUCUAAAGGAAGCUAUGGAUUUGUUACUUUGAGAGUCAAGAGAUGGCUGAGAAGAUUAUCAACAAUGAGUCUGAAGCACUAA